GCCCCCGCGCGCGGGUGCCUCCCCCUCCCCCGGCCGGGGUGGCUGGCCAGCCCAGAGUCGCUGGGAGCGCGGGGUCCCCUCGCCGCGCCUCGGCACGGCAGCCGAUGAAGGUGUGGAUAAUCUGGACUAAAUACAGUCUCCGAAGCCGUCCUAAUCUUUGAAAUCACUGGCUUUGAUGUGCUCAUUAUAAGUUAUAUUCCAAUACGCAUGGAAUUAAAUGCCUCAUUAGCAGAAUGAGGAGUGUUCUGUGGGUCACGAGGAACAGCUCCGGGACCAUCAGGAAACCGGUAACGAAGCCCAGCCAGCGCUUAGCCGAGGGGACAGCUGGCGAGCAGUCUCCGUGAGCGGCCACAAGGGCUAGAGCCCAGAGAUGACAGUGCCCGGGGGAGAUGCGAGUCCCGCCCGCCCUCCGCUGACCUGGCGCUAAGGCCCACCCGCCACUCCGGGCCCAGCAUGCGCCUGUCGGUGCGGAGGGCGCUGCUGGCGGCCAGCUGCGCCCUGGCCCUGGUGCUGGCGGUCCAGGUGGGGCAGCAGGUGCUGGAGUGCCGCGCGGUGCUGGGGGGCCCGCGGGGGCCCCGGCGGGCCAUGCGGCCGGAGCAGGAGGACCUGGUGAUGGUGGGUGCAGACCGCGUGGAGUACCGCUACGGCAAGGCCAUGCCGCUCAUCUUCGUGGGCGGCGUGCCCCGCAGCGGCACCACGCUGAUGCGCGCCAUGCUGGACGCCCACCCCGAGGUGCGCUGCGGCGAGGAGACGCGCAUCAUCCCCCGCGUGCUGGCCAUGCGCCAGGCCUGGUCCAAGUCGGGCCGCGAGAAGCUGCGGCUGGACGAGGCGGGCGUGACGGACGAGGUGCUGGACGCCGCCAUGCAGGCCUUCAUCCUGGAGGUGAUCGCCAAGCACGGGGAGCCGGCGCGCGUGCUGUGCAACAAGGACCCUUUCACGCUCAAGUCCUCCGUCUACCUGUCGCGCCUGUUCCCCAACUCCAAGUUCCUGCUGAUGGUGCGCGACGGCCGCGCGUCGGUGCACUCCAUGAUCACGCGCAAGGUCACGAUCGCCGGCUUCGACCUCAGCAGCUACCGCGACUGCCUCACCAAGUGGAACAAGGCCAUCGAGGUGAUGUACGCCCAGUGCAUGGAGGUGGGCAAGGACAAGUGCCUGCCCGUGUACUACGAGCAGCUGGUGCUGCACCCCAGGCGCUCCCUCAAGCUCAUCCUGGACUUCCUGGGCAUUGCCUGGAGCGACGCUGUUUUGCACCACGAGGACCUCAUUGGCAAGCCGGGCGGCGUGUCCCUGUCCAAGAUCGAGCGAUCCACAGACCAGGUCAUCAAGCCCGUGAACCUUGAAGCACUCUCCAAGUGGACCGGCCACAUCCCUGGGGACGUGGUGAGGGACAUGGCCCAGAUCGCCCCCAUGCUGGCGCGGCUCGGCUAUGACCCCUACGCAAACCCACCCAACUACGGCAACCCCGACCCCAUCGUGGUCAACAACACCCACCGGGUCUUGAAAGGGGACUAUAAAACACCAGCCAAUCUGAAAGGAUAUUUUCAGGUGAACCAGAACAGCACCUCCUCCCACUUAGGAAGUUCAUGAUUUCCAGAUCUCUGCAGAUUGUUGCCCAGAGGAGAAGACACCUUGCAUUUGAGUGGAAAUCGGACCUCUAAUCCAAGCAUAUUGCUUGCUCUUAAUCGCCAAAACAGGACUGCUAACGAGGAAUGUAUUUGCAUAUGUUUGCAAAAAAGCUGAAUCACCGAAAACUUAACCUGGAGACUCUCUACCUGUGGACACCCCCCCUCUCCCCCCAGGGUGGAGAAGAACGAAGAAGAGUGUGGGAAGUAGGCUGGCUUUUGAAACUUUGGUAUUUUUUAUCUUGCCCCUCAAGAACUUUUUUUUAAAGAAAUGGAUUUGCCAUUUUUCUUAAUUUGCAGGACUGCCUUGGCGGCUUUGUUGGCGGGGACAAGGCCCACACCUGUGCCUCUCUCCUAUUGACUUACUUUUGAAUUCAAAGAAUCUAUUUAAGAAUUUAAUAUAUGAGGUUUUCUUUGAUUCCUCCUCAGUUCUUCUCAGAUUUCAGAGGAAAAAAAAAAUUAUUUGAAUAAAGUGACCAGGGACUCA